AUGCUCAACCCCGGCCAUGAAGCGCAACGCUAUGCACAUGAGUACUCGCCACCCAUCUCCCCUUCCCAGAAAUCCAGGGACAUUCAACUCUCUACGCUUAACACACCUGUAUCUCCUCCUUUGGGACCAUCAAAGGCGCGCAAGCCUGUCGACAGCCAACCUAUACCAAUAAACCCUUCGACUUCAACGGCGAACGUCGACCCAAACCCACCCAGUCUAGCCGCCAUCGAGGCCGGCCAAGAACAGGUCUCCGAUCAUCUCUCUAUCUUCUCCUCACGACUUGGUCAAGCAGUUCGCUCUACAGACGCAUCCACUCCACAAACAUCUAUCCCAGAAUGGGUCGAUCUGUACCGAAGCAACCAGCAUACCGAAGGGAGGCAUUUCGUUAUCCACCAACAUGAUCAUCCCAUCGCCGGUCCGCACUAUGAUCUUCGACUGCAAUUCUCGGACUCGAGCUCGGUAAGCUGGUCCAUUAUGUACGGCAUGCCUGGCGAUCCGAAUAGUCGACGGAUUAACCGGAAUGCGACGGAGACGAGGGUUCAUUGUUUGUGGAACCAUCUCGUCGAAACCGCUUCCGCCAAAACCGGGAGCAUGAUUAUCUGGGACACGGGGCAGUACGAGAUCCUGCCCUAUUAUGAAGAGCUGUCGGGUCCUGAAACCGACGACUCUCGCUCCAAUGUCUCGUCUGAUCUCUCGGUUAUUGGGGAUCAGAUUAGCGAUAGUGAGAAGCUUCAUCAGGCAUUUCAGAAUCGGAAGAUUCGUCUGCGAUUGCACGGUACUCGCUUACCGCCUGGAUACACAAUUAUUCUACGGCUAGCGAAGUCUAUGGAUACCAGACAAUCAACGCAUACGCCCAAGAAGCGUCGUAGGCGCAAAUUAUCCGCUAAAGCAAGAGAUGCCCGGCCACCGAGUACGUCAUCAUCAGGUUCGCCGUCGGAAAGAGGUGGCUCUGGCACACCGGCACCUCGCCACUCCGAUCAAAAGCAAGACACAAAUUCCUCGGUCUCUCCUUCUCUCUUGGCGCACUCGGACUCAGAAGAUGACUUGGACCAUCAGAUACGUCUGAAUAACGCUUACCCUGGCUCUACGAACUCGAUCGGCUCGAUCCAUCAAAGACGCUGGUUCAUCACGCUGGAUCGUGUCAAUUCUGGUUUCCAGGAUGAGCUCAACCCCCAUACCGGGCGAAAGCAGUGGGUACGUAGACAAGAUGCAAAUACGGGUCGAUUGCUAGGGUUUGAUCCAUUCUAUGUGCGCGGGCCUGAAGUAGAGAGAAGCGUUGUUACUGCGCGAUUAGGAAAGGAUGUGCUAGAGGACGAGGAUGUGACGGGUUUUGUCGGUAGACGAGGCUGGAGAGCAGUUCUAGAGUAG